AGGAGACUGUGUUUAUUAAUCCAAGUGUCGAAGAUCUAAUUCCACAGUAACAAAUGGAGGAAAUUAUGGACACCUGUAGAGCACAUCAACAAAAAGGAAUCAAAAGUGUUCAUGAGUUGCGCCUUGUCCUUUUUGGUCAUGGAUGGCUGGAGAAGAGUUCAACUGGAAACACCCUACUUCAGCAACAAAUGUUUGACACCAGACGAGACGUGAAAAUGUGUGUUAGGAGACAGACUUCGAACCAAAAUGGCAAAAGAAUUAUUGUGAUCAACACUCCGGACAGAUGGGUGCAAUACACUGUACAAGACCCAGGUUUAAUCAAUGACAAUAUGGCUGAAUGCUUGUGUAUGUGUCAACCAGGACCCCAUGCAUUUCUUAUGGUGGUGCCUCUUGGUGCUAACAAAGGGAGAGAGUGGACAGUGGAGGGACCUCUUCAACUGCUAAAUGAUCAUGUAUGGAAAAACACAAUUGUUGUAUUUACCAAACCCGAAAAGUUAAAAGGGAUUUCAAUACAAGAUUAUGUAACAAAAAUGAAGUAUCUUGGACCACUGCUGGAGAAAUGUGGACAUAGGUACCAUCUUUUAGACACAAGCUUUUAUGGACAGGAGAGUCAAGUGGAAGAGCUUUGGGAGAAAAUUGAUGUGAUGAUAGAAAACAACAAAACAGAGACAGGAGUUGGGAUUUCAACCAAAGUGGAGGCAUUUUUAUCAGAGCUGAACAGAGAGGAGGUGGAGAAGAAGGCCAAGCUAAGGCAAAGCAGCAGACAAGCAUCAAGGAGUGUGCUGAGAUCCCUUACUGGUAAGUAUUACCCAGCUUCAGAACAUCGAAUCCUGAUUGUCGGUCCAAAGCAUGCUGGGAAAAGUUCAACUGCCAACACUAUCCUCGGAACUGCAGACUUCAGUACAGCUAUGGAGAUGUCUCAAAGUCAUACAGGCCAGGGUGAGGUUUACGAGAAGAAAGUAACUGUAGUGGAUACUCCUGGCUGGCACGGCAGAUACUAUAGUCAAGAUACUCCACUUGAAAUAGUACAACAGAUUAUAGAAAGUUCAAAUACUUCAGUACCUAACGCAGUACUUCUGGUUUUACGCUGUGAUGAGACUUUUACUGAAACCGAUCGCCUGAAAGUGGAGGAACAUAUGAGUUUGUUGGACACCCACGUUUGGUCAAAGACUAUAUUGAUGUUUACCUAUAAAGACAAACUAUGCAGCACUGCUAUUGAGGAGCACAUUGAGAGGUGGCCUGCUUUACAAUGGAUAGUAGACAAAUGUGGAAAUAGGUAUCACGUUUUAAAUAAUUUAGACAAAAAUGACCAAAUUCAAGUUAGAGACCUGCUAGAGAAGAUAGAGGAACUGGACCUGUUUAAUGAUCAUCAGUAUUUGCUACAGUGUUAUAUGCACGCUCAAGAAAGCUGCCAAAAUUUAGACAAAAAAUGCAAGGAAACUGAAAUUCAGCUGAACAAAACAAAAGCAGAGAAUGAAGAAUUGAGGAAAAUGAAUGAAGAGAAGGAUUGCUUAACUAAUAACUUAAUGGAAACAGUAGCGCAAAAAGACAUUGUAAUCUGCACGUAUAAAAACAAGGUAGACGAAAUGAAUGCUAACCAAAAUAUUACACUUCGGAGCUUGGAAAAUGUAGAAAGGGACAACAACCAACUUAAAAAGUAUCUCAUGGAAAAAGAUCAGCUAAUAGCAUGGUUGUCAUCUGAGAAGACAACAGCUCAAAAAAGCAUUGAAGUAGAGAGAGAACGAGUGGACAAAAAGCUGAGUGAGACGAUUAAAAUGCAAGAUGAAAUGGAAAUGGAAAUUAUGAAGCUACAAGAGGAGAAGAAACAACUGAAUACAGAGAAUGAAUGUACCAAGAUGAUGCUGCAGUCGGUGGUGACGGAGGUCCAAAAGCAUUUUAAGAAAAAGUACAAUCUGCAAAGAAAAAUGACGGUGGAUGUGAGCACUUUGGACAUGCUUUUCAGACUGGAGAAUGAGGAAGAGGGGCUGAAGAACAAACAUCCUGAGCAAAAUAUCCAUCUAUGUGAAUCUGAAAAACUGAUGAAGCCUCGCUCUCCCCUCACCUCCUCCCCUGCAUGGCUGUUGGCUGGAGGAGCUGCACUGGGGGCUGUUGUGGGUGGAGCGUUUGGAGGUUCCUGCAGGAUGGAGGCAGGACUCAGGCUGAAUCUGUGCUCUGCUGCUGGGGCUGCAGCCGGGACACUACUGGGGGCCUGCUGGAAAUCUGCUGGGUCGAAGACACAAGUCCUCAGGGAGAGUAGGAACAAAGACAAAAAGUGA